AUGGCUGCACGGGGCUGGCAGGACGAGCUGGCCCGGCAGGCCGAGGAGGGCUCGGCGCGGCUGCGGGAGAUGCUGUCGCUCGGCCUGGGCUUCCUGCGCACCGAGCUGGGCCUGGACCUGGGGCUGGAGCCGAAGCGGUACCCGGGCUGGGUGAUCCUGGCGGGCACGGGCGCGCUCGGGCUGCUGCUGCUCGGGCUGCUGGGCUACGGCUGGGCCGCGGCGUGCGCCGGCGCCCGCAGGAAGCGGAGGAGCGCGCCCCGCCGGCGGGAGGAGGCGCCCGCCGCGCCCGCCCCGGCCCCCGACGACCUGGCCUUGCUCAAGAGCCUCCGGGGCGACGAGCAGAAGAAGAAGAACCGCAAGAAAUUGCCCGAGAAGCCCAAACCAAAUGGACGGACUGUUGAAGUGGCUGAGGAGGAAGUUGUCCGAACUCCUCGAAGUGUAACAGCAAAGCAGCCAUUAGAGACAGAUAAGAAAAAUGAAAAGUCAAAGAAAAAUAAGAAGAAAUCAAAGUCAGAUGCUAAAGCAGUACAAAACAGUUCACGCCAUGAUGGGAAGGAAGUUGAUGAAGGAGCCUGGGAAACUAAAAUUAGUCACAGAGAAAAACGACAGCAACGUAAACGUGAUAAGGUACAGACUGACUCUGGUUCAUUGGAUUCAACUAUCCCUGGGAUAGAAAAUACCAUCACAGUUACCGCCGAUCAACUUACAACCGCAUCAUUUCCUGUUGGUUCCAAGAAGAAUAAAGGUGAAUCUCAUCUAAAUGUUCAAGUUAGCAACUUUAAGUCUGGAAAAGGAGAUCCUACACAUCAGGGAUUGAAUGAAAACCUCACUGUAAAUGGAGGAGGCUGGAAUGAAAAGUCUAUAAAACUCUCCUCACAGAUAAGUGCAGGGGAGGAGAAGUGGAAUUCUGUUUCGCCUGCUUCUGCAGGCAAGAGGAAAACUGAGCCAUCUGCUUGGGGUCAAGACACCGGAGAUGCUAAUGUGAAUGGAAAGGACUGGGGAAGGAGUUGGAGUGACCGUUCCAUUUUUUCUGGUAUUGGAUCUACUGCUGAGCCAGUUUCUCAGGCUACCACUUCUGAUUAUCAGUGGGAUGUUAGCCGUAAUCAGCCCUAUAUCGAUGAUGAAUGGUCUGGGUUAAAUGGUCUGUCUUCUGCUGAUCCCAGCUCUGAUUGGAAUGCACCAGCAGAAGAGUGGGGGAACUGGGUAGAUGAAGAAAGAGCGUCACUUCUAAAGUCCCAGGAGCCAAUUCCUGAUGAUCAAAAAGUUUCAGAUGAUGAUAAAGAAAAAGGAGAGGGUGCUCUUUCAACCGGGAAAUCUAAAAAGAAAAAGAAGAAAAAGAAGAAGCAAGGUGACGAUAACUCUCCUGCACAGGACCCAGAAGAAUUAGAAAAAGAGAUUAGAGAAGAGCUUCCAGUGAAUACCUCUAAAGUUCGCCCAAAACAGGAAAAAGCUUUUUCUUCGAAAACCAUAAGCACUAGUGAUCCAGCAGAAACACUUGUCAAAAAUAGCCAGCCUAUCAAGACUCUUCCACCUGCUGUUUCUACCGAGCCAUCUGUUAUUUUAUCAAAAAGUGAUUCUGACAAGAGCUCUUCCCAAGUGCCACCGAUGCUACAAGAGUCAGAUAAAUCCAAGUCAAAUACUAAGCAAAAUAGCGUGCCUCCUUCACAAACCAAGUCUGAAACUAGCUGGGAAUCCCCAAAACAAAUAAAAAAGAAGAAAAAAGCCAGGCGGGAAACGUGA